UUUUAUCAACACGUUGCCAGCCCGGUUCCCCCACAUCCACCCAUCCAGUCGCCCAUUUGCACUGUCAUUUAUUCAAUCAUUCCUUUACAUCCUUGAUUAGACUACGAACCCAUUCAUAAAGCCAUGCAGUUCUCCAGCUUUUUCAAACUAUGCACACUCCUUUUGAUCCAGAGUGGUGCAGUUUAUUCUACAUUUGUGUGUAACGACAACAACAUUGAGGAUGCCAAAGUUGGUAUCUGUCUGAGGAAGAUCAACACCGCUCAAGAUCCCACGGAUCCCACUGUGUCACCUUUGUUGGAUAAGAAAGAUUUCCUCGCUCGCGAUGCCAGAGGGACAGACAUUCAAUAUCACUUUACUUGCGAAGGCGUGACAAUUGGCAAGGGACCCGUGGAAGGCAGAUUUUGUUGCAAGAUUGAGACCUCAACCGCGAUCCGAGGCUUGACCCACGAAGAAGUCAACCGCCUUUGUUACUCUCGGGAUGGAAAACCACAAUAAUCUUCACCUCGCUUUCCUUGUAAAUACUACAUCUUCCAUCUUUCACCAUGACAAUCUGCAUGUGUCAUUGUAGAAUCAUCAGCCACACUGAAC